AUGUACCCUCUCCCCGUCUACUCCCACCAAGACAUCUCAUGUACCCUCUCCCCGUCUACUCCCACCAAGACAUCUCAUCUACCCCUCCCCGUCUACUCUCAACAAGACAUCUCAUGUACCCGCUCCCCGUCUACUCUCACCAAGCCAUCUCAUGCACCCUCUCCCCGUCUACUCCCACCAAGACAUCUCAUGUACCCCUCCCCGUCUACUCCCACCAAGACAUCUCAUGUACCCUCUCCCCGUCUACUCCCACCAAGACAUCUCAUGCACCCUCUCCCCGUCUACUCCGUCCAAGACAUCUCAUGUACCCUCUCCCCGUCUACUCCCACCAAGACAUCUCAUGCACCCUCUCCCCGUCUACUCUCACCGAGACAUCUCAUGCACCCUUUCCCUGUCUACUCCCACCAAGACAUCUCAUGCACCCUCUCCCGUCUACUCCCACCAAGACAUCUCAUGCACCCCUCCCCGUCUUCUCCCACCAAGACAUCUCAUGUACCCCUCCCCGUCUACUCCCUCCAAGACAUCUCAUGUACCCUCUCCCCGUCUACUCCCUCCAAGACAUCUCAUGUACCCUCUCCCCGUCUACUCCCUCCAAGACAUCUCAUGUACCCCUCCCCGUCUACUCCCUCCAAGACAUCUCAUGCACCCCCUCCCCGUCUACUCCUAGACAAGACAUCUCAUGUACCCUCUCCCCGUCUACUCCCACCAAGACAUCUCAUGCACCCUCUCCCGUCUACUCCCUCCAAGACAUCUCAUGUACCCUCUCCCCGUCUACUCCCACCAAGACAUCUCAUGUACCCUCUCCCCGUCUACUCCCACCAAGACAUCUCAUGUACCCUCUCCCCGUCUACUCCCACCAAGACAUCUCAUGCACCCUCUCCCUGUCUACUCCCACCAAGACAUCUCAUGUACCCCUCCCCGUCUACUCCCACCAAGACAUCUCAUGUACCCUCUCCCCGUCUACUCCCACCAAGACAUCUCAUGCACCCUCUCCCCGUCUACUCCCACCAAGACAUCUCAUGUACCCUCUCCCCGUCUACUCCCACCAAGACAUCUCAUGUACCCUCUCCCUGUCUACUCCCACCAAGACAUCUCAUGUACCCUCUCCCCGUCUACUCCCACCAAGACAUCUCAUGCACCCUCUCCCUGUCUACUCCCACCAAGACAUCUCAUGUACCCCUCCCCGUCUACUCCCACCAAGACAUCUCAUGUACCCUCUCCCCGUCUACUCCCACCAAGACAUCUCAUGUACCCUCUCCCCGUCUACUCCCACCAAGACAUCUCAUGCACCCUCUCCCCGUCUACUCCCACCAAGACAUCUCAUGGACCCUCUCCCGUCUACUCCCACCAAGACAUCGCAUGUACCCCUACCCGUCUACUCCCACCAAGACAUCUCAUGUACCCUCUCCCGUCUACUCUCACCAAGACAUCUCAUGUACCCUCUCCCCGUCUACUCUCACCUAG